GGCCGAGGGCUCGGGGCUGCCCCGGGGCUGCCUGCUCUACAAGACGCUGCAGGCCCAGAUGCUGGACCUCCUGGACAUCGAGGGCCUCUACCCGCUGUACCGCCGUGUCGAGCGCCACCUGCAGGAGUUCCCCGAGCAGAGGGACCUGCUGCAGAUCGACGGGCCCUACGACGAGGCCUUCCAGCAGAAGCUCCGCGACCUGUCCACGGAGGACGACGGCACCCUGGCCUACGCCCUGGCCAAGGUCCAGCAGUACCGAGUGGCCAUGACGGCCAAAGACUGCUCCAUCAUGAUCGCCCUGUCGCCCUGCCUGCAGGAUGAGUGGUGAGGGGCC